CGGCGCGCGUCAGACCGGCCGAGUCGUUAGCCGGUCGACCGGCCGCAAACAUUACCCUUCCUCUUGCCCCCGAGCUCACCGCGUCCCUGCAGCCACACACCCUAACCCUAGCCGCGAUCCGUCGCCACCCCGCCGUCGCCGUCCGCCUCCUCGACCCCGCCGCCACCCACCCUCGCCCUCGUCCUCGCGCCGCCCCCACGAUAUCAGCGUCGUCCCGAGCCCGACCCCGCCGCCGUCCACUGGCACGAGCUCACCGUCGCCCUCCCCCGAGUCCGUGCUCGCCGUCGCCCGCCCUUCUCUCAAGGGCUAUAAAUGGCAGGGAGACAGCGCAUAGGUCGCCAGUACUAUGAGGAACCAUGGGGAUUUCGUGAUGGCCCCCCUCCUCGACUUGCCCGGGAAAGGUCUAUCUCACCACGACGCAUCGAAGGAGAGCUGUCUAGCCGCCGUGGUGAGAUACGCAGAAUCCAUGAUGACAACCAACGUCUGGCGGAUGAAAUUGUUGGACUCAGGCAAGCAAUGUCCCGUUUGAAAGAAGAUCUCCAUUCCUCAAGUCAGGUUAUACCUAAGCUCCGUGCAGAGAAAGAACUUGAAUCGAGGGAGCUGACUCAGAGGAACCUGAAGCUGGAAGCUGAGCUGCGCUCCUUAGAACCCCUUAGGCAAGAUGCCUUGCAUCUACGAUCUGAAGUAGGUACGCUAGAGUCUUUGAGGCAAGAGCUGAACGCAAAGGUGCAGGGUCUGACAAAGGAGCUUGAGCAACAGAGCUCUGAAAACCAGCGCAUACCUGCCAUGAUUGCUGAACGUGAUGAUCUGCGGCAGGAACUAAUUCGUGCUAGGGCGGCUCUUGAUUAUGAGAAGAAUGCAAAGCCAGAGCUGAUGGCACAGGUGCAGGCAGUGGAGAAGGAUCUUGUGACUAUGGCUCAGGAGUCUGAGAAGCUUAGGGCUGAAAUUGAGAAGAGAAGGGCACCACCACCUAGGGUCAGCGGCUAUGGAGCUUACGGACCACCUCCUGGGAUGGGCGUGCAAGGCAUGUACGACGGCGGCUACAAUACCUACACAGACAGGCGCUACGGUACGGGUGGUGGACCAUGGGACCCCCCUAGCUACCCGCGCCCUUGAUUUGUGGUUUUGAUUCUUGUCAGUCGGCGUUCAUCAUCGUGACAAAGUUCCUAAUGUCUCUGGUACUGAUGCUUGUGGUGCUGGUGCCUUGUUCAGAAGAUUGUAACCAUGGAUGCUUGUACUGAUGCUUUUUCUGAUGCUUGUGGUGCUGGUGCUUUGUUCAGAAGAUUGUAACCAUGGAUGCCCGUGGGUCAUUUUAGGAAGCAAUUCAUUGUACUUAACAGGAUGUGGACCCUUUUGAUACUGUUGCUAAUCUUUUGAUUGGUGAACAUUAUUGCCUGACAAAAGUGAGGGCUGCUGCAAGCCUGCAUUGCUGCUUUGUUCAUGCUGAAGGUGGUGGAUAAGGAUAACAGCAACCUAAAUGUUGUGCAUUCACCGAUAUCGCCUUGUUUUUGUUUUCUUGAUAUAAAUUCGAAUGGAGAAUUUUUGUGGUACACAGCACAAGUUUUCUUGGUGGAGGGGUGGCCCCUAAACAAGUGUGGAGAUGGAGGUGCCCUGCUUCAGGUGUUGAAGCACAAGCUGCUCUGGAUGCCUCAGAAUUGUGUGCUAUAUGAAGUAGCUAGGUUUGUAAUCCAAUAGUGCAAGUUUCUCAUGUAUGCAUCUGUAGGGAUAAGCCCUGAACCGAGCUGAAGUGAAACUUUUGAUUUUCUUGAUGUAUCAUGUAUGGUUUUCAUGAAGAAAAGUCCAAGUUAAGUUA